AUGGCUAUUCAAGCGAACAAUCAAUGCGCUGAAGCUUACAGUAAUCUCGGGAAUGUCUUCAAAGAACGUGGAGAACUAGCUGAAGCACUUGAAAAUUACAAAUAUGCAGUCAGAUUGAAGCCUGACUUCAUUGAUGGUUACAUUAACUUGGCAGCUGCACUUGUGGCUGGAGGAGAUCUAGAUCAGGCUGUUGAUGCUUACCUUAGUGCCCUUAAUUAUAAUCCGGAGCUAUACUGCGUGCGUAGCGAUUUGGGAAAUUUAUUGAAGGCUAUGGGUCGAUUGGAAGAUGCGAAGAUUUGCUAUCUAAAAGCAAUUGAGACUCAACCGCAGUUUGCGGUGGCAUGGUCAAAUCUUGGUUGUGUAUUUAAUGCUCAGGGUGAAAUCUGGUUGGCGAUUCAUCAUUUUGAGAAGGCUGUCCAACUUGAUCCUAACUUUCUGGAUGCUUACAUUAAUCUUGGUAAUGUACUUAAGGAAGCAAGGAUCUUUGAUAGAGCUGUCGCAGCAUAUUUACGGGCGUUGAAUCUAGCUUCAAAUCAUGCUGUCGUUCACGGAAAUCUUGCUUGUGUUUAUUACGAACAGGGUCUGAUUGAUCUAGCAAUUGACACGUAUCGACGUGCUAUAGAAUUGCAACCGAAUUUCCCAGAUGCAUACUGCAAUUUAGCGAAUGCUCUUAAGGAGAAAGGGCUUGUGCAAGAGGCGGAAAAUGCUUAUAUGACGGCUUUAGGGUUGUGUCCGACUCACGCUGACUCUCAGAAUAAUUUAGCCAACAUUAAAAGAGAACAGGGAAAGAUUGAAGAGGCUACAAGACUAUAUUUGAAAGCACUUGAGAUAUAUCCAGAAUUCGCGGCUGCACACAGUAAUUUAGCGUCGAUACUCCAGCAACAAGGGAAGCUCCAGGAAGCUAUUCUGCAUUAUAAGGAAGCAAUUCGUAUUGCUCCAACUUUUGCUGAUGCGUACUCAAAUAUGGGGAACACCCUUAAAGAAAUGGGUGAUGCGGCCAAUGCAAUGCAAUGCUAUACACGUGCAAUACAAAUCAAUCCUGCAUUCGCUGAUGCGCAUUCGAAUUUAGCUAGUAUACACAAGGACUCCGGCAACAUUCCUGAUGCUAUCCAGAGCUAUUCUACUGCAUUGAAACUAAAGCCUGACUUUCCGGAUGCGUUUUGUAAUCUUGCACAUUGUUUACAAAUUAUAUGCGACUGGACAGACUACGAUAAUCGUAUGAAACGUUUGGUAGCAAUCGUUGAUGAUCAGCUGAAUAAGAAGCGUUUGCCUUCAAUACAUCCUCAUCACUCGAUGCUCUAUCCCCUAACACAUCAAACAAGGAUUGCUAUUGCCGCUAAGCAUGCACAGCUGUGUACGGAGAAGGUUGCGAUGUUGAGCCAUCCACCUUUCAAUUAUCCGGAUCGUUUGAGUGUACGUAACGGUACAUCUCGUCUUCGGAUCGGCUAUGUUUCAUCAGAUUUCGGUAAUCAUCCAACUAGUCAUCUUAUGCAGUCGAUUCCGGGCAUGCAUGAUCGUAGUAAGGUCGAGGUAUUCUGUUAUGCGUUGUCUGCCAAUGAUGGAACGAAUUUCCGUCAGAAGCUUAUGAAUGAGGCAGAGCAUUUUGUUGACUUGUCCCAGAUAACAUGCAAUGGCAAGGCUGCUGAUCGAAUCAAUCAGGAUGGUAUUCAUAUUCUUAUAAACAUGAAUGGUUACACAAAAGGUGCUAGGAAUGAAAUUUUUGCCUUACGGCCAGCUCCGAUCCAGGUUAUGUGGUUGGGAUAUCCUGGUACUUCAGGUGCCCCAUUUAUGGACUACAUCAUUACUGACGCUGUAACAUCCCCUAUGCGACUCGCACAUGCUUAUAGUGAAAAGCUUGCUUAUAUGCCACAUACUUUCUUUAUCGGAGAUCACGCGCAAAUGUUAAAACAUUUAACGGAGCGAGUAAUUCUUAAGGUACACACGGUACGAGAAACAGAAGUGAUUUACGGCCCAGCAAAGGAAAAAAUAAAAACCGAGGUCGUUGUCUCCGUGGUAGAGGUUCCGACGACAGAGCCACUUAAACAGAUGAUCGGCGGUGGUUUGAUUGCUAGUAGUGUUGUUGAUGGUGUUCAUGUGCAUAACGGCUUGACACAAAUCCAGAUGCAUCACAAAGCAGCUACUGGUGAGGAAGUACCGCAGUCGCUUUUGUUAACAAGUCGUCAGCAGUACAAUCUCCCAGAAGACGCCAUUGUGUUUUGCAAUUUCAAUCAGUUGUAUAAGAUCGAUCCACCGACUUUAGAUAUGUGGAUUGAAAUACUGAAGCGGGUACCACAUAGCGUCCUUUGGCUGCUUAGGUUUCCAUUUCAUGGUGAAGCGCAUGUACAUAAAUAUUGUGCGGACCGCGACAUUGACGUGAAGCGAAUAGUUUUCAGCCAUGUUGCGGCAAAGGAGGAACACGUUAGACGGGGUCAACUCGCAGACGUAUGUUUGGAUACGCCACUGUGUAAUGGGCAUACGACUGGUAUGGAUAUAUUAUGGACAGGAACUCCCAUGGUAACCAUGCCAUUGGAAACGUUGGCAUCUCGUGUAGCUUCAUCACAACUAUAUGCACUUGGAGUGCCAGAACUUGUGGCAAAAAGUCAAAAGGAUUACGUUAACAUCGCUGUGAAGCUUGGCACGGACAAGAACUACUUGUCAGCAAUCCGCGCAAAAGUAUGGAAGGCUCGAACAACAUCUACAUUGUUCAACGUCAAGCAGUACUGCAUGGAUAUGGAAUCUUUACUUCACAUCAUGUGGAGACGUUAUGAGGAAGGCCGUCCUGUAGACCAUAUCACCCAAGGGACAUUGUGUGGGAUUGUUUGGCCUUUGUGA